AUGGCAUCUCCUGUAGCUAUUAAGGAAGGGGACCUGGAAAAGAGGAGUGACAGCUUCCUUCAGCUAUGGAAGAAACGAAGAUGUAUCCUGACUGCUGAUGGUCUACAUUUGUACACAGACUCUAGAAAGAAAGGCAAAGCCAAAAUUCUACGAUUCGAUUCUUUGGCCAAGUUAGAGUGUGUGGAAAGAAAAGGGGAACGUGUCUACUUUACCUUGGUCACCAUGGAAGGACAGGAGAUAGAUUUUCGCUGCAGGGAACGCAGCCGAUGGAACGCAGAAAUCACCCUGGCCUUGGUAGGCUUCCAAAACAGAAGAGCCGUGCAAGAACUAAGAGCACGAAAAGAGCUUCAGGCCAGGGAUUCAGGGGACCGUUUAAGAAGCUGGGGACCAUGA